ACAAGCUACCAUGGUCCUCACUGCCACCCAAUCUUCUCCCCUCUGUAUUCACCUCCCCUCUCCACCAAAAUUAGGGUUUUGUCAGUAAAACACAAAAAGCCCUAAGUCCCUGCGUUACAGCUAUCUCUCCGCCAAAACCAAGCAAUGGGUGACCAGGCCACGCCUCCAGCACCAGAACUCGCAGAGAUGGCCAUUAGUGACGGCCAUUCUCUUAAGCACCCAUUCUCCGACCGGGCCCCGGUCCGAUCAAUCGUUUGUCGUCCCGAUGGAGGAGCUGGGCUGGCAGGCCAACGAGUCCGCGCCGGUGGGUGGGUGAAGACCGGGAGAGAGCAAGGGAAGGGUUCCUUUGCUUUCUUGGAGGUGAACGACGGAUCGUGUCCUGCCAACCUUCAGGUUAUCGUGGAUGCUGGUGUAGCAGAUCUGAGCACGCUUGUGCAGACUGGGACUUGCGUGUUAGUUGAGGGCUUGCUUAAGGUCCCCCCUGAAGGUACAAAGCAGAAGAUUGAACUCCGUGUUGAUAAGGUGCUCCAUGUAGGCCCUACCGAUCCUGCCAGUUAUCCGAUUCCCAAGACGAAGCUCUCCCUUGAGUUUUUGAGGGAUCAUAUUCACCUUAGGGCCCGAACUAAUACGAUUUCUGCAGUUGCUCGAAUUCGCAAUGCACUUGCUUUUGCCACGCACUCUUUCUUUCAAGAGCAUGGUUUUCUGUAUGUUCAUACUCCAAUUAUCACCACAAGUGACUGUGAAGGUGCUGGUGAAAUGUUUCAAGCUACAACCUUGAUUAGUGAAGCUGAAAAGCUCGAGAAGGAGCUCAUUUUGAAUCCUCCGCCUACUGAGGCUGACUUAGAAGCAGCUAAGCUUACUGUUGGGGAGAAAGGUAAUAUUGUUUCUCAACUCAAAGCUGCUAAGGCAACUAAGGAGGAAAUUAGUGCUUCUGUGGCUGAUCUUAAAAUAGCCAAAGAGAAUCUCUCAAGGGUGGAGGAAAGAGCUAAGCUUAAACCUGGUAUUCCUAAAAAAGAUGGCAAGAUUGAUUAUGGUCAAGAUUUCUUUUCCCGUCAGGCCUUUUUGACAGUCUCUGGCCAACUUCAAGUUGAAACCUAUGCCUGUGCUGUCUCCAGUGUCUAUACAUUUGGACCAACGUUUAGAGCUGAGCAUUCUCACACUUCUAGACAUUUGGCUGAGUUCUGGAUGGUGGAGCCUGAAAUAGCAUUUGCAGAUCUUCAGGAUGACAUGAAUUGUGCUGAGGCAUAUGUGAAAUACAUGUGCCAAUGGCUACUCAACAAGUGCUUUGAUGACAUGGAACUUAUGGCUAAGCUUUAUGAUAAAGGUUGUAUUGAUCGUCUAAGAAUGGUUUCUUCAACCCCUUUUGAGCGUAUUUCUUACACAGAAGCAGUGCAACUGCUAGAGGAGGCAGUGAGAGGUGGUAAGGAGUUUGAGAAGAACGUGGAAUGGGGGAUUGAUCUGGCAUCUGAGCAUGAAAGAUACUUGACGGAGGAUAUAUUUAGAAAGCCUGUAAUCGUGUACAACUAUCCUAAGGGAAUAAAAGCAUUCUACAUGAGGCUCAAUGAUGAUUCAAAGACAGUGGCUGCUAUGGAUAUCCUUGUACCAAAGGUAAAUCAUUCCCAUGCACAUUUUAAAGUUUGCGUACCGUUUUGCAUUCAUUCCAAUUGGCUUUGUCAUUUAUUGCAGGUGGGAGAAUUGAUUGGUGGAAGCCAAAGGGAGGAACGCUAUGAGGUUAUUAAGCAGAGAAUUGCUGAGAUGGGACUGCCUAUUGAGCCAUAUGAGUGGUACCUCGACCUGCGGCGUUAUGGGACUGUAAAACAUUGUGGUUUUGGCCUGGGUUUUGAGAGGAUGAUACUUUUUGCCACUGGAAUCGACAAUAUUAGAGAUGUCAUUCCAUUCCCCAGAUACCCUGGCAGAGCAGAUCUGUGAUAUUUUAGUUUUAUAUAGGUGCACAUUAUAUUUUUCUUUUUGCCUAUAGAAUUCGAUGCAGUUUGUUCUGCUGAAGUUCCCAUAACUUAAUUUGUUUUAGAUUCAAACUUUAAUUGCAAACUGAAAUUAUAGGCGACGAAGGUUUUCUCUCUAGGAAACAUCUUUUAUGCUAAA